CUGUCCAAAGCGUGUGUUUCUUCAAAGGAAGUUCAAAACAAUGUUACAGGAAAGGUUUUCAUUGAAAAAGAAAAUUUUUCGUGCGUUUUGGCUAUGAUAGAAUAUUAUGUGCGAGAACAGAAACCAAUUACGGAGUCGACCGGAGCUGUUUUGAAUCACACCGAUACCGAAACAAGAUUGGGAAUAGAACUCGGACAGAAACUUGGAGAAGGAGCGUUUGGAGGCGUUUAUGCAGGAAUUCUGACUUUAGAUAACAAGAAAUAUGAGGUUGCCGUUAAAGUAAACAAGGGCAGCGAAGUCACUAAGAAGAUUAUUUCGGAAAUCUGUAAAGAAGCACGCAUUAUGCGGCGCUACCGUCACCCUAACGUUGUGAAAUUUUUCGGAGUCGCCAUUGAGCAUGAGCCGAUAAUGUUGGUAAUGGAGAUGGUGAGCGGUGGCUCUUUGGACGUACACUUGCAAAAAGAAGCUGCUCAUAUAACAAAACGAGAUCGGCUUCGUUAUUCAAUAGGAGCCGCCAAAGGCUUAGAAUAUCUGCACGAAAAUGACUGCUUGCAUCGAGAUGUAGCAGCAAGGAACUGCUUAGUGCACAAAGGGGACGUGAAGCUGAGCGAUUUUGGACUUUCAAGAGAGUUAUCAAACCGAGCAAAGAAAUACAAGUUAAAAGACAUGAAGCAACGAUUGCCUAUUCGUUGGCUUGCACCGGAAGUUUUGAGUUCAGGCACGUACUCAAAGAAAAGCGAUGUCUACUCGUUUGGAAUACUAUUGUGGGAGGUCUGUACUUAA